AUGCGUCAAAAGAGGGCGAAGGCCUACAGGAAGCAAAUGUUGGUUUACAACCACACUUUCAAGUUCAGAGAGCCAUACCAAGUUUUGAUCGAUGAUCAGAUCGUCCUCGAUUGCCACGGAUCAACUUUCGACCUGGUCAAGGGGCUCAAACGUACUUUGCAGGCAGAGGUCAAGGUAAUGAUAACACAAUGUUGUAUGCAGUCGCUCUAUGAGACCAAUAACCAGGGUGCGAUAGAUUUGGCCAAGACUUUCGAGAGACGUCGCUGCAACCAUCCCCCUAAGGAGCCUAAGCCCCCAAAAGAGUGCAUUGAAAGCGUGGUAAACGUCAACGGACAGAACAAACAUAGAUACGUCGUAGCGACGCAGGACAUCGACAUCAGACGAUCCCUGAGGCGAACGCCGGGCGUACCUCUGGUCUACACGUCCAGAUCGGUCAUGGUCAUGGAGCCCCUGAGCGACGCAAGCUCCAAGGUCAGCAAGGCUGUCGAGGAGGACAAGCUCUUCAAGGGUCUGAACGACCCGCGUAACGCCAGUCUCAAGGCCAAAGAGGACGCCAGCAAGGACAACCAGCAGGAGACCACCAGAAAGAGGCCCAGAGGCCCCAAGCAGCCCAAUCCGUUGAGUGUUAAGAAGAAGAAGAGCAUAAAGCCUUCUUCGGCCGACCAGAGCGCGGAAACCGGCUCAGGAGACGCUACGAAGAGCAGUAAAAGGAGAAGAAAGCAUAAAAGCGGCACGACGAGGGCGCAACCAUCCGUAGAACGCGCUGACGAUGCUACUUCCUCGAGCUAA